AUGACAAGCAAUGAGCCCACCCCCUCAAAUCAUGAAAGGGCUCCCAAUGCCUACAACGCUUCACCUAGCACAACUCCUGCCCCAAGAACAAAAUCUGCGGUCGAUUUGUACGAUGUUCCACUCAGCGAUGAUGAAGACCCACCUCUAAUGCGGAAGAAUGUUACAAAGUCUGCGCAGAGAGUCAAGAUAAAGUCUGCCAUGUUCGAUGCACUGCCGAGCGAUGAAGAGGGGCAAUCUACAAUGCGGAGGAAGUUUCCCAAGUUGAAACAGAAAGCUCUCCAAAAGUCCUCCGUAUACGAUAUGUCACUCAGCGAGGAUGAGAUGCCUCCUUCGGCAAGGAAGAAUCCCUCCAAGUUGUUACCAAAAGCCAAUGAAAACCCGACCACCACUCCAAGGGCGAAACAUUCGAAUAUUACAGCGUCCACGAAUAACGAUUCAGACGGAAUGCCCGAGCGUAAGAAGAGGAAGCUUUCGCCCGUCGAACAACCGCGACGGGUGCCUGCCAAACUCCCAGUAGUGCCUCCCAAAGUACCACCAAAUUCGCAAAACAAGAAGGCACAGUCGAUUUCUAAUGCUUUACCAAAACGACUUGCCGUUCAUGCAAAACCUAUUUCGCACUCCGACCUAAAACAAUCAACGCCGCACGCCCCUAAGCGCCAUAUGCCGCCAAAGGCUGCGGAGCUACGGGAUGCCCUCCUUGACAAAGAUCAUGGAACUGAAGGAACUGCAAGUACUAGUGGGGACGAGCUCUCUCUUGUCAUAACUAAGCCGAAGAAACCAUAUCCAAUGGCCAGGAAGUUGCCAAAAUCAACGGCAGUUGCAAAACCAACGAGCAUAAUUCCUCGCAAACGAUUGAUUGAUUCACUAGUGAAGCAGGCUCCGCACCAAGAUUCAGACGAAGAAGAUGAUGAUGACGAUGAUGACAAUGAUGACGACGAUGAAUCUGGGAAUGAGCAUGAUAAUUCCCAGCUUGAGAAUCAUUUUCAACAUUUGCACAACUCGAGAGCUCAAAGUCUUACUCCAGACCUCCCCACUUUUACCACAUCUGCACAAGCUAGCCAAGGCUCCCAAAUCACAGGGCCGAAAUUCACGUAUAGUCGGCAGCGUUCUAUGCUUGUUGAAGAGGACGUGAUGGAGCAGUUAGCGUUCGACAUGCCCUUGGAGACCCCGCAGGGCUCACAGCGUCGCCGUGGCUCCAUACCUAGCCUAAAGCCUUUAUUAAGCUUUCGCGAAGAUGAAGAAGGCGAAGAUGAAGCUGCGAACACUACUAUUCGCUCAAUCCACGAACUGAGACAAGCAGGGGCAAACAGCCGUUUUGCGGAUGAAGUGGAAGAUUUACUCGAUCGCAUUGGCGCACCCACCGCAAAGACGUCCUCUAUGCGACGUUCUGGCCUUUUAGAUCUAGGCAUCAAAAUGAAGGACAAGACUUUUGUUCGGCAAUUUCGUGCCCAUGGUGCUGAACAACGACUGUUUGUUGGCAUAGGCGAAGAAAUUGAUGUCGUAUCGGGAUUCUUGAUGAUUUCACUCGUCACGCCUAUUUUGGCAGAGGGAAGCGUACCUCUCGUGGUAUCGCAACUUCAAGAACAGGGUAUUUCAAAGCUACUAAAUCGUCUCAUUUCCGUUGAAAAAAGCAUUAUUUCUGUGACGAAAGAACGCAAGACGAACAUGUCAAAAAUGGCUCAGAACUCCAUAUCGGCAUAUCAUGAUUUUCUGCUAGCAAUUUCAGCAUGGAAGGAUCUCAGCCCAGUUGAGCUUUCACCUCGAACCUUGGCCCUGAAAUGCCUCGAGCUUAUGGUUCGACAAAGUAGGGAGGCUGGAGAUGCCAGCGACAUAAUUUCUGAAGAGUUGAAUACCAGUUUGUUCGAGAUAUUGACAUCAUCGGAUGGCGAUGCUUCAUGGGAUCUUCCUAGCGGAAAGGAAGCGAUUGACUUCUAUUUGACGUUAUCCACUCUAGAAUCCCACUCUCUUGUGGCAAGAACCGCUCAAGAUGAAACAAUUUGGCUUCGUCAAUUGUUGCCCAUCAUAGGCAAUACCCUCAAUACCGCUUUGAAUCGGCCACUUGAUAGCUUUGGCGAGCAACAGAUCUUGGCAUUGAAAUUGACAUUGAAUGUUACCAAUCACAAUCCGAAAGCUUGUGAUGCAAUUGCGAACUCGGAUCUCAUGUACACGAUUCUUCGCGUCGUUGUUGCUAAGUUCAAAAGACUGUCAAAUUUGUGGGCGGAGGAGGAAAUUAUUGUGGCAGUGGACAAUUUGAUCCUGCUCAUCGGAGCGAUGAUCAACUUCGCGUUGUGGACCGACGAUGAGAUCUCCCCAAAUGAAGAAGGAUGCAAUCCUCACGUUACUGUAACAAAGCAACUCGAAGAUCUUGUCAAGAAGUUGCUGGCAAUCAAAGGAGCCAACACGCGUUCAGUUCAGAGAGAAGAUCUUGCAAUAUACCCUAGAUACGGUUGUUUAGGGAUGGGGGAGGAGGGAUUCAGGAAAAUAUGA